GAGGGAAUUUCGGCCGUGCGGAAUGUUUGAUCUGUUCAAUUUCAUUAGAGAACUGCUGCACAGUAUGUUGGCGAUCUUUUCGUUCGGUAAAAAGAAACUCUCGAACACGCUGAGCGUGUACGUAAAGACGAAUACGGGCAGUACUCUUGCCGUCAGCCUCGAACCGCACAUGGAAAUCAAGGAAGUUAAGGAGAUGGUGGCACCACAACUCGGACUGGAACCGGCCGAACUAAAGAUCAUCUUCGCCGGCCGCGAGCUAUCGGACACGACGACAAUCAGGGAAUGUGAUCUAGGCCAACAAUCGAUUAUCCAUGCAAUCAAAACGAGACCACCACCAGUCCGUCGAGGGCAACAAAAGCAAUCGUUAGGUGGUGCGUCCAUCGCCGAAGAGGUGUCCGAGGAUGAACCCCAGUCAGUAGUGCCACAGGGACCCCUUUCCGAGACGAUGGUUGAACUGACGGAGGUGAAUGAUCAACCCUCGGCGGAUGGUGCACCAGCGGAAAGACGCAAAGCGCACUUCUUCGUUUACUGCUCCCAAUGCGAGAAGGUGUGCACGGGGAAGCUGCGUGUCCGCUGUGGUAUCUGUGGCAGCGGUGCCUUUACCGUGCACCGUGAUCCCGCCUGCUGGGAUGAUGUGUUGAAGCGUAAGCGCAUCACCGGUCAUUGUGAGCAGAACGAAGUGCCUUGUGUGGAAAACAGCGAAGGACAGCCCCCGUUCUCCGAGUUUUUCUUCAAAUGUUCCGAGCACUCGUCGGGCGGAGAGAAGGACUUUGCGGCUCCGCUGAACCUCAUCAAAACGAACCACAAAAACGUUCCUUGCCUAGCGUGCACAGAUGUAAGUGAAACCAUCCUCGUGUUUCCCUGUGCCGACGGACACGUAUCCUGUUUGGACUGCUUCCGCCAGUAUUGCGUGACGCGAUUACUGGAACGACAGUUCGUGGAGCAUCCCCGCGGUGGUUACACUUUGCGCUGCCCUGCCGGCUGUGAUCAGUCAUUCAUCGAAGAUGUGCAUCAUUUCAAAUUACUGGAAAAGGAACAGUACGAGCGGUAUCAGCGUUUCGCCACGGAGGAGUACGUUCUACGGAAUGGCGGUGUGCUGUGUCCGCAGCCUGGUUGCGGCAUGGGAUUGCUAGUGGAACCCGAAUGUCGUCGAAUUCAGUGCCAAAGUGGUUGUGGGUAUGUGUUCUGUCGUAGCUGUCUGCAGGGCUAUCAUUUGGGGGAGUGCUUUGAAACACCAACAACACCCGGCAGCAGUGGGGAGCAUGGGUACGCGAUUGAUCCACAGCGAGCAUCGGAUGCCCGAUGGGAUGAGGCGACGAAAAUUGUGAUUAAGGUGUCGACGAAACCGUGCCCCAAGUGUCGAACGGCAACAGAGCGGGACGGUGGAUGUAUGCACAUGGUCUGCACACGCUCCGGAUGUGGUUUCGAGUGGUGUUGGGUCUGUCAAACGGAAUGGACCCGCGAUUGCAUGGCGGCACAUUGGUUCGGUUGAGAAGUGAAACGAUUUUCAUUGAACAUGUUUGUAGUUCAAUUGUUGAUAGUCUUUUUCAAUAAACGGAAAAUUUUUAUCAAAUAG